GUUCUAGCGAGCGAGUAGCCAGAGGGGGCGCAGACCAGAAGCACAAGCAUCACACUCGACCGUCCUUCGGCUUGCUAGGGCGACAUUCAGGCACAGGCUUUAUCAUCGCGAUAGAAAGGCCAACAUGGAUCAGUCGCUCAUCAAGACGAUCAACAAGCUCCAAGAUGCCUUCACUUCCGUCGGCGUCGCCAAUCCUAUCGAUCUCCCACAAAUUGCAGUCGUUGGCUCCCAGUCGAGCGGUAAAAGCUCAGUGCUCGAAUCAAUCGUCGGCAGAGACUUCUUGCCUCGAGGAACGGGCAUCGUGACGCGUCGGCCGCUCGUUCUGCAACUCAUCAACCGACCUGCUUCUGCCAAAACGAAUGGCCAAGUUAACGGCGCAGACGAAGACAAGAAGGAGGAUAAGCUUAGCAAUCCGGACGAGUGGGCAGAGUUCUUGCACAAGCCAGGUGAAAAGUUCUUUGACUUCAACAAGGUUCGAGAAGAGAUUGUACGGGACACGGAAGAAAAGACGGGCAAAAACGCUGGCAUCUCACCGCUGCCCAUCAACCUGCGCGUCUUUUCGCCCAAUGUGCUCACACUCACACUCAUCGACCUGCCUGGUCUCACAAAGCUUCCCGUUGGAGAUCAACCGAAAGACAUUGAGCGUCAGAUCCGAGACAUGCUCCUCAAAUUCAUCACCAAGCCCAAUUCCAUCAUCCUCGCCGUUACGGCUGCCAACACCGAUCUGGCAAACAGCGAUGGUCUCAAGAUGGCGAGAGAGGUCGAUCCCGAAGGCGCGCGCACAAUCGGUGUGCUCACAAAGGUCGAUCUCAUGGACUCUGGCACCGACGUCGUCGAUAUUCUCGCAGGAAGAAUCAUCCCUUUGCGCCUCGGCUACGUGCCUGUCGUCAACCGAGGCCAGCGCGACAUAGACAGCAAGAAGCAGAUUGUUGCCGCACUAGAGCACGAGCGCGAAUUCUUCGAAAAUCAUUCGGCCUAUCGCACGAAGAGCCAGUACUGCGGCACGCCCUUCCUCGCACGCAAGCUCAACAUGAUUUUGAUGCAUCACAUUCGCAACACGCUGCCGGAAAUCAAGACAAAGAUUCAGGCAUCCUUGCAGAAGUACCAGCUCGAGCUCAAUAGCUUGGGUGGCCCUACUGGUGAUGGCAGCUCUGGCAAUGUCGUGCUAUCAAUCAUCACUGAGUUUUGCAACGAAUUCCGAACGGCCCUCGAUGGCAACAGUGGCGACCUGUCCAUCAACGAACUCUCUGGCGGCGCUCGAGUCAGCUUUGUCUUCCACGAGCUUUACGCAAACGGCGUCAAAUCGCUUGACCCUUUCGAUCAGGUCAAGGAUUCCGAUAUCCGCACCAUCUUAUACAAUUCAUCCGGUUCUUCCCCGGCGCUAUUCGUCGGCACGACUGCAUUCGAGCUCAUCAUCAAGCAGCAGAUAAAGCGGAUGGAGGAGCCCAGUCUCAAAUGUACAGCGCUCGUAUAUGACGAACUUGUGCGCAUCCUCAGCCAGCUUUUGCAACGCAAUGUGGGCUAUUUUCAAUCCCACAAUGGCAAGGCUGACCUGCACGCACAGCAACAUUUCAAACGUUAUCCGCAAUUGAAGGAAAGGUUCUACUCGACCGUAUUGUCUUUCUACAAACGAGCCAUGCAGCCGACCAACAAACUCGUCACCGAUCUCGUAGCAAUGGAGGCCACAUACGUCAAUACUGGUCAUCCCGAUUUCCUCAGUGGUCACAAAGCUAUGGCGAUCGUCAGCAACCGCAUCGAAGCCGCAAAGCCUCAGCAACCAGCGCAUGACCCCAAAUCUGGCAAGCUGGCGCCGGGCACGCUCAACAAUAAUCGCGACCUUGACGUAGACCUCAAGCAGCAAGAACAAGGCUUCUUUGGCUCUUUCUUCCCUGGCGGUAAGAACCCUCAGGCAGGCAAGGCGCGUCGUGCAGGCAUGAUGGAGCCACCGCCCGCCGUACUGAAAGCUUCUGGCACGCUGUCCGAGCGAGAAGCAAUGGAAGUCGAAGUCAUCAAGCUCCUGAUCGCGUCUUACUUCAACAUUGUCAAGCGGACGAUGAUCGAUAUGGUCCCCAAGGCUAUCAUGCUCAACCUCGUCACCCAUGCAAAAGACGAUCUCCAGAGAGAGUUGCUAGCCGAGCUAUACAAGCCCGACGUACUGGACGAGCUGCUCAAAGAAAGCGACUUUGUCGUCUCGCGUCGCAAGGAGUGCGUCAAGAUGAUCAGUGCAUUGACAUCUGCAGAGGCCAUCGUUGCCACUGUCUAGCCGAUUCCUCUAGACCUAUAGCAGUGGCUCAUGCACAGCGAGCGUCUCUGCAUGCGGCAGCGUCUCUGUGGCGCACUGGACGAGUAGACUUUGUAUGUGAUGCAGAUUACGUCAUGCCUGCCGCGUGACAGAGCUAUCACGAGGCACUCA